ACAAGUCCCAAGCUAGAGCUAUCAGCCAGCUCGCUUUCUUCUUUCUUCUUUCUCCUUGCCUUCCUUAGUGUGGGUGUCACUGUACUUUGGAUUCCUGGGGCUGUGUUCUUUGGUAGCCGGCAGCUGCAUUCUCUUCCUGCACUGGAGGAAGAACCUGCGGCGGGAAGAGCGUGCCCAGGAGUGGGUGGAGGUGAUGAGAGCUGCUACGUUCACCUACAGCCCGCUGCUGUACUGGAUUAACAAGCGACGGCACUAUGGCAUGGACACAGCCAUCAACACGGGCCCUCCCCCUGCUGCCACCAAGACUGAGACGGACGCUCAGAAUCCAGACCAUCUGUGGGAGUUGGACACCCCUGAGAACAGGGACCAUGCUGCCCAAGACAGUAGCCCCAAGGUGGAGGCCCCCAUCCCCUCACUACCUGAAGUGCAGCUGGUCCCACAGCAGCCCCUAACUUCCCCAAUGCCACGGCCCCAGGCCAGCUCCCCACUCCCAAUUCCCACCUUUCAGGAGGUGCCCUUUGUCCUCUCCCUGUGUAACCUACCCCCGAUGCUCAACCACUCGGUCUCCUACCCUUUGGCCACCUGUCCUGAAAGGAACAUCCACUUCCAGUCUCUCCCCACGCUGGCCCAGGGGGACCACUGCUUAAAUGCCAGGUCGUUUACUUCAGAAUUGUAGCCUCCUCUCACUGAGGAUGGGAGCUGGAGGUAUCGGGGGGCAGAGCAGGAAACAGAGCUGACCUCAGAAAGGUGGUAUUGACAAAGAGGCCAGGGCCCAUCUGGAUGUCACAUAAUAAAAGAUUAAAAAAGUC